CAUUAUGGUCGAAUAAAGCACUUAAAGAAUUCCUUAAAAUUAAAGAUUCCCUCUUUUGGAUGAAAAGGGGCUUAUUUAUGUAAAUCAAUUAUACGCUUUAGGUCAAAUAAAGUCGUUUGAAGAGACAGCCCAUAAGUAUGGGGUGGCAGACAAUCAGAAACAUUGUUUUUUACAAAUAAGUAACGCAGAUCAUAAACCAAUAAAAGGAGAGAUUGAAGAUUUCAGGGAUUCUAUAUAUAAGAAAAGUUUAAUUAGACUAUUUCCUUAUGCGAAGUUGUUGUCUGGGCAUGCUGGGAGUUGUGGUUCUGCAGCGGUUGGGGGUUUACAGCUUGAAGACCACUGCUAUAGAGGGUGCAAAUGUAUUUGAGCCCUGUAACUCAAAUAAUGUGAAAUAUGAGAUGAUCAAAAUGGAGCCCCUGCACUAAUUACUUGGGUUCUGGGGUCUGUAAGGUCCAUAGUAAAAACAUCAGGUUCUGUCUAUAGCAGAUACUAAAUCAUGGCAGCUCCAAGAAACAAGCAGUCAUUCUGACAUGUCACAUGUGAUGCCAUAGACAGCUGGAGUCCUGACAUUCCACUGACAGCCGCCCGAGCCUUCAGUCUGUAGAUUGUUCCAGUGAGAUUAGUGAGAUUAGUGAGAUUAGCGUCUUCUUCUUCUACUUGUCUAAAAUGGAGCUAAAAGGUUUGGGGUUCGUCCCCCUCCUGUUGGCGUUUUGGUGUGCGGCCUGGCUUGCCACCAGCUGCAUCAUGACGGUCAUCCUCGGCCAUGCCGCCUCGCCACUGAUGAGCAUCAGUGACGUGGGAAAUUUCUUUCCCGAAAGCAUAUUAUUCAGAAUUGGAUUCAUAGGGAUGUCCAUUGGCACUUUGGUACUAACCUUUCUUAUUUAUAAGUAUAUGGUUAUGCAUACUGAAGAGUUCAGGGGUCAUCAGGUCCUGAUCCAGAAGAUCCUGCUGGCCAUUGUGUGGGCCUCCUGUUUUGCCACAGCUGUCAUGCAUGUAUUUUCCCCCAAAGAAUAUCCCAGGAUACACUUUGUCAGCACGAUAAUUUCAAUUACAUGUGAAGCCUUAUACUACCUUGGGCAGUCCAUCCAGAUGUAUAAAUUACCAGGAGCAAAAAAAGUCAUCCACCAUAGUAGAUGCACCUGCGGUGGCCUGACUUUUGUCUGUGUCAUUUUCUAUUUUGGAUAUGAAGCAUUAAAGGAAUUAUUCUAUAAUGAUGAAGACUGGGACGAGAUCUGUGAAAUCCCCAUCAUAAUCAUCGAGUGGGUGAUGCUUCUACUGAUCCUGAUAAACAUUGUGACCUAUUAUUCCACCAUGCAGAGGUUAUUGUUGACCGUCUCCAGAAACAGCUGCACACUCUCUCUUAGAGUAAAAAUUGAUGACUUCGGGGUGUAGACCACCACGUGGGCCAUCAAGUGGACUUCUGGGAGAAAUACUGCACAGGACAUGGAAAAACCAUCUAAAGAAGAAUAACUGGGGGACUAUAUAUGGUGCCAGUAAUCAUAACACAAUAAUGUGAG